ACAUAUAUAAUUGAAGAAAUUUUCAGAAAGUUUCUCUAAUACAGUCCUCUUAUGCAACUUCCAAUGUUGAGAAAAGGUGGUGGCAUUAGGUUUACAUAUUUGCUGUUCCCCUGACCUUUCAAAACACUUUGAUUGUAGCAACAGCAAAUUUACUCAUGUUAUUUGAGCUUCAGACUCCUUUACAUGCAGAGUAUAUGUGGAAUAUUCCAUACACCAUAGAGGGUACUUAAAAUGCUUAGAAUACAGCAGGCAUGCUAGAGACAUCUAGUCAUUCAUCUCUUUUUGAAGGAGCUUCUGCACCUCCUUAUGAACUGAUGAACAAUGGAUCUAUACAUAAAAAACAAGGUUCAGGAAAGAAUGGAAACAAUUCUGUGUCUGGUUUACUUGAUCAACAGCCAUCUCAACAUCUAAGUGAUUCAAAUGCCCUCCUCACUUCUGAACAAGAGAUUAAAGAUGCAUUUCGCCAGUACGCAGCAACGAAGUUUUGCUAUAGGACUGCCCCUGCAAAGCAUUUAAAAGUCCAGAAGCUAACUCCUCUCAACACAUUCAGAUAUCGGUUAGAGACUUUCACUGAAAGUAGAGACACACACUUGGCUAGUGAAUGCUAUUAUGGUGGAUUUGUGGACUCGGCUGAUGUUGCAUCCCCGCCCACCCCCUGGGAAAUCUCCGUGGAUCCACCUCCCUUGUUUACAGACUGUGAAAUGCAUAUCCCAAUGCCCCACUCAUACUCCCUGGGGAAUUGUCAGAACUGCAAAGGGCAUGGUGCAACUACAUGCCAAUCAUGUAAAGGAAAAGGCACAAAAAAGUGUUCAGCUUGUAAUCAGACUGGGUUCAAUUCAUCUGACUACAGUCCCUGCUCAUGGUGUUCAGGCACAGGAAAAAAGCGUUGCUUCAGUUGCCGUGGCAAUGGGCGGCUCAUGUGUUACCGUUGCGAUUGGAAAGGCAUAUUGCUAUAUCAUACUGAACUUUCAAUCACAUGGAAGAACAAUAUUUUAGAAUACACAGCAGACAACAAAUCUGAACUUCCAGUUCACCAUCUGCAGGAAGUAACUGGAAGAAAAAUACUUAGUGAUGAAUAUAACUUGGUACGUCCCAUAAUUGAGUUCCCAGAAUCAACCAUUAAAGACUAUUCAAGGACAAGCAUUGCUCAGCACAAAAUGAUGUUUGCUUCAGGUGAGCAUCGAAUCUUGAAACAGAGACAAACGGUUGAGCUGGUGCCACUCACAAAAGUUAAAUAUGAAUGGAAAGGCAAACUUUACUCCUUUUAUGUCUUUGGCAAUGAGAAUAAAGUCUACAGCAAAGACUACCCUGCAAAAUGCUGCUGCUCAAUCUUGUGAAAAAGAACCAGUUUAGUGGCAGUCCCUUAUCAAACUACAUAGCUGUUCCCUGCUUUUAAUCUCUACAGCAUCUCUCUGGAUUAUUUUUGUGCAGGGACUAUGCAGAAAAGGAUGUUACUAUUUGCUCCAUCCAGAGGAAUCUCUACAUUGUUUUCUCUGUUCAGAAGAAUGUGUGGCUAAUCCAUUAAUCAGAUGAAAAGUGAAGGAAACUACUAAGUCUAAUGUACCUUGAAAUAGCAUAUUUGUAUAUUUUGCAGUUCAAAUAUUUAGAUACUUUUCAUGAGCCCCAUUCAGUUGUUUUUCUACCCAGGACGUUCACUGGAGAAGUUGUGUAUUCCAAUGAUGGCUGCUUAUCAGUGUUGUGUGUAGGAGGCAAGCUUUACCACUAAUAGCUAUAUAGGCAAACUUCUACAUCAGUCAGCAUGGUGAGGUCUGCAUCUCAGAAAUCAAUGCAUACCAUAAUAUGUACUGUAUAUCUUUAAAAAAAUAGGGCAAUUGAAUGUUAUAUUAGCCUUUCCUAAUCUGGUCCCUCCAGGGACUGGAGGACUGUACUUCUAUACUCUGCAGACUGUAUGGCCUUUCCUUUCCCCUCUUUCCAAUUGUAUUGUAAAUUUAAAAUCUGAAGUUGAUAAUCCCUGUAUUUUAUUAAAUGUUCUACUUUUUCAAGAUCCCGACUUACCAUAAAAAGUCUGCAAAGCUAAGUCGUGCUUAAGGAAUUAUUUUCUUACGACAGUGCUUUCAGUGUGCAAUCAUGUCAAAAAUCUUCUCUGUAUGUUUUCUCUGUUUAAGGCAAAAUAGUAUUUCAGUCGCAGUACUCUAAAACUAAACAAACUAUAAAUCACAAAAACCUCUCUAUGUCAACAGCAGCUCAGUGAAGAGCUGUGAUUUAUAUCAGAACAUUUAUUAUGGUAAAGCAAACAUUUGCCGCUUUUUAUUUGUUAGCUCCCAUUUAUCCCAUGAAUAAAGUUUUCAGCACUGUU